ACGUUUCAUUUAGUGAUCGGAGCAUUCGAAAUCACACAUCGCUUGGCUGCGCAACUUCUAAUUUAUUUAUUUUAUCAGUUAAAACUUACAUUUAAAUUGAUAAUGUUCAAAUUUUUGUGUUUGUUGGUCGCAUCUGCACUGCUUAUCGAAGCUACUCCGGUUCCUUUGGAACUAGCGGACGCUGCGAAAAAUGGCAACUGGGAUGUAUUCAACACGCUCCUGCGUCAGUACACUCAAAACAAUAAUUGGGCGACUGCUCUAGCUGGUAACGUCGAAAGUCUGCAGCCAGAUGGCAAAUCGCAUGUUUUUGGCCAUGCAGUCUCCGCUUACAAGGAGUGGCAUAAUGACAACGGGAAAGUCUCUGAAGAUGGUCGAGGAGUUGAGGUGAUCAACAACGACGGCCACGUAAUUAAACACGAGUUCAAGCCCUAAAUUGAAUUUAUAAUAAACUAUGAUUGGCUGAUGAAAAUGAUGGCAUACUAGUUAAAAUCGAUUCUAAAAACGAAUACAAACUGUGAAAUCAUUUUAAAGGUUAUAAUGAACCAUAUUAUAACUUUUGAAAGAUUCCUGUUACUUAAUUUAUAUUAUUGAAAUAAAUAACGAUAGGAUACUUUAGAAUUUUAGAAGCGGCUUAGAAGGCAUAUCAAAUAAAACUUGUUAAUUGAA